AUGGACAAGGAAUGGACAAAGUUAAAUCCCGCAAGUAUAGAGUACCAAAAUGGUCUUGAUUUUUUUCUAGAUUAUGCAUACACCAAAGGAAAACCCCGCGGGAAAGAGAUUUCAUGUCCUUGUUUAAAAUGUUAUAAUAGAAACUGGUUUACAAGGAAUGAAGUACGAAAUCAUUUAAUCGCAUUUGGAUUUCAAAAAGGAUAUGAUGUUUGGGUUCGACAUGGUGAGAAGAAACCAAAACCUGGUGAUCUUAAUGAUAAUAAUAUGAAUCAUGAAGAGGAUCAAAUUGACGAUAUUGGUGGAUUAUUGCAUGAAAGAUUUAGAGAUGUUGUACAAGAAAAAAAUGAAGAAAGUGUAGGCCUCAACGAAGAUGCAAAAAAGUUCUACAAUCUAGUCGAAGAAGCCAAACAAGAUUUGAAUCCGGGUUGCAAAAACUUCUCUAAAUUGUCAUUCACCAUUCAUCUUUAUUUAUUGAAAUGUCUUUAUGGUUGGAGCAACGUGUCAUUCAAUGCUCUCUUAGAGUUGUUGAGAGAAGUUAUGCCUUCAUUGAACAUCCCUGAUACGUUCAACAAAGCUAAAGGCAUGAUAAAGGACUUAGGGUUGGAUUAUAAAAAGAUUGAUGCUUGCCGUAAUGAUUGUAUGAUAUAUUGGAAAGACCACGAGAAUGAUACUUCUUGCCAUGUUUGCGGUGCUCCACGGUGGAACGAAGAUGUAAAAGAAAAUGAUAAAGUUGAAAAAAAUCAUAAGUCUCACAAAGUUCCUUCAAAAGUUUUGAGACACUUUCCCUUGAUUCCAAGACUUCAACGACUAUAUAUGUGUUCAAAGACAGCUAGCUCAUUAAGGUGGCAUGAUGAAGAGCGUUCAAAAGAUGGAAAGUUGAGGCACCCUGCAGAUGGAGAAGCAUGGAAAGAGUUUGAUAAAUGUCAUUCUGAAUUUGCUGAUGAGCCGCGUAAUAUAAGACUUGGAUUGGCCAGCGACGAAUUUAAUCCAUUUCGAACCAUGAAUUUGUCUUAUAGUACUUGGCCCGUGGUAUUAAUACCAUAUAACUUUCCACCUUGGUGGUGCAUGAAGGCUGAGUAUUCUAUGUUGUCUUUAUUAAUACCUGGACCAUUUUCACCCGGGAAUAAUAUUGAUGUGUACCUUCAACCUUUGAUAGAGGAGUUGAAAGUGUUAUGGGAUUUGGGUGUAGAAAAAUAUGAUGCAUCACUAAGUCAAACUUUCCAAAUGCGGGCAGCUCUCUUGUGGACUAUUAGUGAUUUUCCUGGGUAUGCUAUGUUGAGUGGGUGGAGUACAAAAGGGAAACUAGCAUGUCCUUGUUGUAAUUAUGACACUAAUUCAAUAUAUUUAAAGAAUAGUAAAAAGGUGUGUUAUAUGGAUCAUCGUGUUUUUUUGCCUGAGGAUCAUAAAUAUAGUUCAAAUACUCGGAAUUUCAAUGGGAGCAUAGAAGAUAGGCCACCACCAGAGUUGUUAACUUGGGAACAAAUAUCAGAGAAACUAAAGGACGUCAAUAAUGCUUUUGGGAAGUUGCAAAAGAAAAGUAAUAAUGGUCCAUGGAAGAAGAAAUCAAUAUUUUUUGAGUUGCCAUAUUGGAAGCAUAAUACUUUACGCCACAACCUUGAUGUGAUGCACAUAGAGAAAAACAUAUUUGAUAGUAUAAUUGGGACUUCGUUGGAUAUCCCAGGAAAGACAAAAGAUCAUAAAAAUGCACGUUUAGACUUGCAAGAGAUGGGUAUUAGAAAGAAACUUCACCCCAAAGAGGUAGAUCAAGGUAAAAAGUCAGUGUUUGCAAAAGCAUGCUUUUCCAUGACUCCAAAGGAAAAAACUACUUUUUGUUCUGUAUUGAAAAAUGCAAAAAUACCAGAUGGUUGUGCUUCAAACAUUUCAAGAUGUGUUCAACUUGGUGAUAAGAAAGUUAGUGGAUACAAGAGCCACGAUGCACAUUUCAUGUUGCAUUACUUGCUUCAGGUGGCUGUAAGAAGCACAAUGGCAAGCCAGGUUGCACACCCAUUAAUUCGUCUUUGUUCAUUUUUUCGUUGUUUGUGUCAAAAGGUGAUUGAGGUGGGAGACUUGGAUAUCUUGCAAUCUGAGAUGGCAGAAACACUUUGCCAAUUCGAGACAAUUUUUCCCCCGAGUUUCUUUGAUAUAAUGGUUCAUUUGCCAAUACAUCUAGUGAAUGAGGUAAGAAUGGGAGGACCUGUUCAAUUUCGGUGGAUGUACUUUCCAGAAAGAUAUCUAGGAAAAUUGAAGGGUUAUGUUCGUAAUAAAAGUCGUCCUGAGGGUUCUAUUGCUGAAGGUUAUUUGGUUGAAGAAUGCUUGACAUUUUGCUCUCGGUAUUUGCAUAGUGGUGUUGAAACAAAAUUCACUAGAAUGACAAGGAAUAGUGAUAAAUGUGAUCCUCGUGAGGUUGAACAUGAAAUUUCAAGAUCUUGUCAUAAUGUUGGUCAUCCUAUUGGAGGAAAGAGAAACGGUGAAUCAAUUUCUUUGGAUUGCAAAUCAAGGAGUUUAGCCCAUCGUUACAUCUUAUUCAAUCAUGAAGAUGUCCAAAAAUAUAUAAGUGAGCAUGAAAAUGCAAAUUCCAAUAAGAGAAAGGGGUGGAGCAAAGCAAAGAGUCAAGGGUUAGAUUUUGUUGAAUGGCUUAAGAAGCGUGCAUUGUUAAGUGAUGUAUCUGGAAACCUUAGGAAGCUAUCCAGAGGACCAAAUAGCAUUGCACGGAGUUUUUCUGGCUAUGUGAUUAAUGGAUAUAGGUUUCAUACAAAAGGACGUGAUGCUAGGCGUAAAACACAAAAUAGUGGUGUGACACUAGCGGCAAUAACUGAAAGUUUUUCAAGUAUAAAAGAUGAGAAUCCAAUAACACAAUCAAUAACUUAUUAUGGAUUGAUUAAAGAAAUAAUUGAGGUAGACUAUUAUGGUAAGUUGAAGUUUGUGUUAUUUAAAUGUGAUUGGUUUGAAGUUGAAAAGGAAAAAUAUGGAAUGACUUGUGUUUACUUCAACAAGAGAUGUUACAUGAGUGAUCCUUUUGUAUUGGCUUCUCAAGUGCACCAAUGCUUCUACAUUCAAGAUCCUUUUGAUUCAAAUAAACAUUAUGUUAUGAAGUCUAUUCCGAGGGAUUUUUUUAACAUGAAUGAUCAACCAAAUUCCAAUCCCCAUGAGCCGUAUAAUUGUGAUCUAUCAGAUCAUGCAGUGAAUCUAGCUUUGAGCGAUGAAAUUUGUGAGGCUGAAUUUGUUAGGAAUGACAUUCCACCCACAAUUGUUGAUAAUUUCAUACCUGUGCCAGAUGUUAUAGAAUCUGAUGACGAUUCAAAUUCAUAA